AUGCACGCCAUCAUGGGCAGUGGCGACCACCAAUACAACGGGGUCGAGAAGUACCAAAAGAUCACCAGUCCCCAGACAGAGGCCACUACCGUCCAAGCUCUUCCCCCAGUGCUUCACGCAGUCCACCGCGAAACCGUGACCGCCGAGAGUCUCGUGACCGACGUGACUCUCGCGAUCGCCGUCGUAGUGAUCGAAGGGGCGACCGAAGUCGGAGUCGGAGUCGAGACCGCAGUUCCCGUCGCGGAGAUCCGGUCCCCCAAAGUUUGCUCGUUCGUGGCUUGCCGGCCAAUAUCACAGCAGAUCAAUUGCGUGACAAAUUUUCUCGUCGCAAUGGGGACAUUCGCGAUGUCUACAUUCCCAAGGACCACGCCACCGGCGAGCCACGAGGAUUUGCAUUCCUUGAAUUCCAUGACAUUCGCGAGGCGAGGGAAGUUAAGCAGUCCAUGGAUCGUACAAUCAUCGAUGGUGCCGAAGUCGGCGUCUUGUUUGCGCAACAACGCCGAAAAACACCAGAACAAAUGCGUCAACAAGAGCAAGAAGGUCGCAGUGGUGGAGGUGGUGGUGGGCGUCGCAGCCGCAGUCGCAGUCCUGAUCGCCGCCGUCGUUCGUCGCCUAGACGUCGCUCAUCGCCCCGUCGUCGUUCACGUUCGGCCUCCCCGUCUGAAAAACGACGACACCGACGCAGUCGUAGCGAUAGUGGCAGUCCCAGACGUCGCGAAAGCAGCCCGAAGCGCCGAGAUCGGUCCACUGAUUAAUACCACACGUCACAUGUCGGAUGGGGCCACCAAGAAACCGCCAGUGCAUACAUUGGUGCAUAUCUUGAAGACGGCAAUGUUGCUAAUACCUCAUGAACAAGUGUGUGCGUUUUAA